ACAUCAUGCUUAGGUUGUAUUGCCUGUAACACAGCAUGUUGAAAAGCUGGAUAUUAUUUACAUUAUAAAGAGGGGGUGAAACCAUUUCAGCUUACUGGAAUAAACACUGUUUAUAACCUGUCAAAUAGCAUCAUGAGCCACAAGUCCAUCAUUGUAGUCCAACUGUUUGUGUUUGAUUCAAAGAAGAAGCUAACAUUCUUUAUAACGUCAGGGUUCAACGUUCAAGGUUUUACCAUAAAUAAAUAACCUAGUAGGUGGGCUAGAGAGCACUUCAGUUUACUCAACACACAUGAAUCUAAUAGCAGAAAGCCACAGUACUCCGCUCAGUGAUGGGAACCAUAUUCCACUACUGGGAUUGGGCACCUAUGGCGACCCUCGAACGACACCCAAAGGCACAGCACUUGAGUGCGUCAAGCUGGCCAUAGAUGUGGGUUACAGGCACUUCGAUGGGGCAUUGGUGUAUUUCAAUGAGCACGAAGUGGGUCAAGCCAUUAGAGAGAAGAUUGCUGAUGGAACCGUUCAAAGAAAGGACAUCUUCUACUGCGGAAAGCUCUGGAAUACGUUUCAUCCACCAGAGUUGGUGAGACCGGCGCUGGAGAGGACACUGCAAGCCUUACAGCUAGACUAUGUGGAUCUCUACAUCGUUGAGCUUCCAAUGGCCUUCAAGCCUGGAAAUGAGUUCUAUCCAAAAGACCAGGAUGGAAAACACAUCUACCACCACACAGACCUCUGUGCAACAUGGGAGGCUUUAGAGGCUUGCAAAGACGCAGGGCUGGUGAGAUCUCUGGGAGUCUCCAACUUCAACCGCAGACAGCUGGAGCAGCUGCUGAACAAACCCGGACUCAAACACAAACCUGUCUCCAACCAGGUUGAAUGCCAUCCAUACUUCACACAACCCAAGCUUCUGGAGUACUGUCGUCAGAAUGAAAUUGUAAUUGUUGGCUACUGCCCAAUUGGCUCCUCCAGAGAUACAUCCUGGGUGAAUGUGAAAUGUCCUCCCCUGCUGGACGACGAGCUUCUUGUGUCCAUUGGGGAAAAGUACCAGAAGAGUACCGCCCAGGUGGCUCUGCGCUUCAACGCCCAGAGAGGAGUCGUCGUGAUCCCGAAGAGCUUCAGCCCUGAGAGGAUCAAACACAACUUCCAGAUAUUUGAUUUUUCCCUCACUGAGGAGGAAAUGAAAGCCAUCGAGGCGCUGAACAAAGAUAUUCGCUUUGUGGAGCUGCUGAUGUGGAGCGACCAUCCAGAGUACCCAUUCCAUGAUGAAUAUUAAUGUUUUAGACUAUUCAGCAUCUUUAUUUCACCAAUAAAGUUGACACACACAACACUUUUCACAGCAAACACUAGAGGGCUCUAGCUCAUAGUAAAUAAAAAGUAGAUUUUACAGUAACAUACAGCUCACAUGUAUGAUGA